CUGAUCUAAUCUCCUCCUUCUUACUCCAGUGAGCGUGUGUGUGAGUGUGUGUGUAUUAGUGUUAGUUUGUUAGUCCUACAUUACUCUCACUUCAUUUUAUCAAUAAAAUUAUCCCCUGAAAAGGGAUCUACGUUGUGGAAUAUCAUGUCAGACACGGAGACAAAACCAUCCAGCGAAGGAGCAGAGAAGAAGGAUGGAGAGUACAUUAAACUCAAAGUGAUUGGCCAGGACAACAGUGAAAUUCACUUCAAGGUGAAAAUGACAACGCAUUUAAAGAAGCUCAAGGAGUCGUACAGUCAGAGACAGGGCGUCCCUAUGAACUCUCUACGGUUUCUCUUCGAAGGACAGAGGAUCGCAGAUAACCAGACUCCCAAAGAGUUGGGGAUGGAGGACGAGGACGUGAUCGAGGUGUAUCAGGAACAGACCGGCGGCUACUGGAACGACUAGACCUUUACUUCAUCUCUUUAUCUUUUUAAAUCUUAAUUUUGUAUGUAUAAUGUUUAUUUCUUUCUGUUUCCCUUUGUGCUUCACCCAGAGGGAAAUAGAAAAAAAGAAGAAAACCAUCUGGAUCAAAAAGAUACUUCAGAGCAAGAGAGAGCGUUAGAGGAAGGAGGAAAGAAUAUGAACAAAAGAUAAUGCUUUUUUACCCAAACCCCCCCUAAGUCCUGUAAACAGUCUGGAUUAGCGUGUGCCACAGACCCUCAGAGUACCUAGUCUAAUUUUCCUGAUGAAUUUAUCCCCAUCGUAGAGGCUUCAUUUCCACUGGAUAGACACUAAACCUGUCAAGUCUAUUCCUCUGCGAUAUUCCUCUUCUGUGUAAUUAUUGUCAGAUGAUAAAAUGUGUGCUGCUGCGUUUUCCUUGUAUGUAACGAUUGCACACAUCAAGGGAGCAUCGCCAACAUUGUGUUGAAACUGUAUGAUGCAUGUUUUGUUUGUUUGUUUCGUCUGUUCUCCGUUCAGACAUCUGUGCCGCUAUUCAGAAAAAGCGUAAUAAAAUAAGGCCCUGUUUUAUGAUGUAAAAAGAUCUCUGAUCAACACUCAGGGGUGAUGUUUAACCAUGCAGAAAUGAUUCCAUUGAUCUCUCACACACACUAUGAUGAUGAUGAUGAUGAUGAUGUCACUGCACGUUUAGGUUUUUUUUUUUUUUGGUUUGAACUGGAGAGGACUUGGUCCAGAUGGUUUGUGGACAGAAAUUAUUAUUUUGCUUUUGUCUUGUUUUUUAAAUAAAAUGUGUCAUAAAAUCUCA